GAUAGAUAUAAAUGGAGAGGAAAGGAGGAGAUGAUGAUAUUAUUGAAGAAGAAGUGGAAAAGGUGCAGAGUUCAAAAAUUACUAUUAAUGGAAAUAAAGAUAUUCUAGAGAGAGAAAGUGAUGAUGAGAGUAUUCUUAUUAAGAGAGAAAUUGCUUCUCAUUCUUUGUAUUCUCAAUUGGUUCACUCCCACUUGGACUGCUUGAAGCUAUGCUACUUAGGUAAGAUGGAGAAUAUUGUAGUUGAUUCAACAGCACUUCCCAACCGUCCGAUCUUAUUCGCAUCCCAUCAAUCCGAGCUGGACCAGUUCAUGGAAGCAUACUGUAUGACACUAAAGAAGGUGAAGGAGAGAAUAGAGGAACCACAGCAAGAGUCAAUGGCAUUCAUUGACCAAAUGUAUUCUCAACUUGGAGACCUACUUAUUGACUUUCCUUCUUCUUCCAUCCACCACCAGGAGUUAGAGAAGCAGGUGAAGAGAAAUGGUUCAAAGAAAAAGUAGAGUCUAAGCACCAACCCAGUUCAAUCAAAUUAAUUUCAUUGACCAGUUCCCUAAUAUUUUCUCUAUUUCUCUAUUUUUAUUUUUUUAAAUGUUCUAAUCUUUAAUUUCCUCGGCCACUAUUAAUUUUCGAAAUGCAUUUUUAUUUUAUUCUUGCA